GUGCUUAGUCAGCACCAACCCCUGGCACCAGGAGAGUCCUCUAUGCCUAUCGCUUCUAGUGCUGUUUCUACGCGAUCCAGUGCAACCGCAACUUCCAAGAAGGAAAAAGAUAAGAAAGAGAAACGAAAGAACAAAACCUCAAGGGGCGGAUUAUCUUUAAGUACAGCACAAGGAGGUCGCUUACAAUUGUCCUCAUCAGCAAACGCUAACUCAAGUGCAGCUUUGCGGUCUGUCGAGGUUGAGUCCAAGUACAAUCAGC